AUGGAUGAGAUUGUGCUGAUCGAGUCGCCGCAAACCGCUUACGCUACACGCUCACGGAAUGCCACGUUGACGUGCCGGGCACUCAAUGCCAAACAAAUACGCUUCAAAUGUAAUGGGAAUUGGUUAAGCGAUUCACGUCACAAUAUAUCACAGGGAAUCGAUCCGACAACGCAUCGCCCGUUCUACAAAGCCACCGUUGAAAUAAACCAUCAGGAGAUAAAUUCCAGUGCUCAGCCCAAUGAUUUUACCUGUGAGUGCUAUGCUUCCGCUGAUGGAGAUGCUCAGGCGGUUCGUUCGGAAUUCGCACAAGUACGAGCUGCAUGUGAGUAUACAAAUUGA